UGGAGUGGUUAUAAAGAGGCUUGAACCUGCAGUGUGAUCAUUCAGGAGACUCAUUCCCUCAUCCUGAGAAUCCCAUUACGAGGUUGAGGGUGUCCCGAGGGGAGAACGGAAAGGAAGUGUUGCUGUUGUUAAAAUGGUCUUAUUUACACUCUGCGCCACUUUCUUUUGCACUUUCGUGCUGCCACUGUCGCUCUUCCUCGCCGCGGUAAAAUUGUGGGAAAUUUACUGCAUAAGUGGAAGGGACCGUAGCUGUGAAAACCCCUUACCUCCGGGGUCAAUGGGGCUGCCCUUCUUGGGAGAGACUCUCCAGUUGGUCCUGCAGAGAUAUAAGUUCCUUAAGAUGAAAGUGCGAAAGUACGGCCACAUCUACAAGACCCAUCUCUUCGGGAGCCCCACUGUGCGAAUUAUGGGAGCCGAGAAUGUGAAGCAGAUUUUAUUAGGGGAGCAUAAACUUGUGUCGGUGCAAUGGCCCGCCUCCGUAAGGACGAUCCUGGGAGCCGGCUGCCUGUCCAGCCUCCAUGACUCCGAACACAAAAUGAGGAAGAGAGUGAUUUUGAAAGCUUUCUCUCGAGAAGCUCUGGAAAACUACAUCCCGGUAAUGAGGGAGGAGAUCCGUGCCGGCAUCAGGCGAUGGCUGGAGAGGGGCUCCUGCGUACUGGUUUAUCCCGAGAUGAAGCGCCUCAUGUUCGGGAUCGCCAUGCGGAUCUUAUUGGGAUUCGAACCUAGCCAGACCAACCCACGUACGCAGCAGCAGCUGAUCGAAGCUUUUGAGGAAAUGAUUCGUAAUCUCUUCUCACUUCCCAUCGACGUGCCGUUCAGCGGCUUAUACCGGGGACUGAAAGCCAGGAAUGUGAUCCAUGCAAAAAUCGAAGAGAACAUCAGGAAGAAGGUGGCAAGGCGAGAGGCCCCCGGCCAGUUCAAGGAUGCGCUGCAGCUUCUGAUCGAGCACUCCGAGCAGAGCAACCAACCCCUGCGGUUACAGGAGUUGAAGGAAUCUGCCACCGAGCUCCUGUUUGGAGGACACGAGACGACAGCCAGCACGGCCACCUCGCUGGUUACUUUCCUGGCACUGCACCCCGAAGUGGUGCAAAAAGUCAGACAGGAACUGCAGGAGCAGGGAUUACUGGGCAGCGACGCAGAAGAGAACAAACAAAUCAGCAUUGAAGCCCUUGAACAACUCAAGUAUACCGGAAGCGUCAUCAAAGAAACUCUUCGACUAAGUCCUCCGGUCCCCGGAGGGUUCCGCGUGGCCCUAAAGACCUUCGUGUUAAACGGAUAUCAGAUACCAAAAGGCUGGAAUGUUAUUUACAGCAUCUGCGACACACAUGACGUUGCAACUAAUUUCUCAAAAAAGGACGAAUUUAAUCCUGCUCGCUUCAUGGAAGGGUGCCCAGAAAAAGAUGCAUGCAGAUUCAGCUACAUUCCAUUUGGUGGAGGCUCAAGGAGUUGCGUUGGUAAAGAGUUUGCCAAGAUCCUCCUCAAAAUCUUCACAGUGGAGCUCGUCAGGGCUUGUGACUGGCAACUUCUGAAUGGACCGCCUACAAUGAAAACCAAUCCCACUGUAUACCCAGUGGACAAUCUGCCAACAAAAUUUACACCAUUUCCAUACAAAAUCUGACCUAAUAACAACAAAGCAUAACUCUGCAAGUACAGGGUCUCAUCAUUAACAGACUUGGGUGUGGUUUUUCAUCCAUUGUACAGUAUGUGAAGGGAGUAAUAAGCUUCAGGCUAUCAUUUGGUGGGUUUGUGAAAAUGACAGAAAAAAGUAAUCUAAUUUCUAAAAUGUAGUUUUGUCUGUUACAAAGUUAAAAUAUUUCCUCCACUAUUUUCUAUCCCUAUUUGGCACAUUGAUAAAGUUGAAUUGUUUAUUAUUUCUGUAAAUAAGCUAUUUUAUACUACUUGUAAGCUUCUCAACCCAAUGCUUUUAGAUUCUGAUU